AUGGAUUCAUCUUUCUAUGGCACGGCGAACGAUAAUUCCUACCACAAUCGUCCAACAUUCGAUGACGACUGCGCCAACCUCAUCAUGGCCUACUUGCCACCUUCGACCCUUGCCACCGUCGCGCAAACCUCUCGCUGGGGCGACCUUCUCGUCGGGCCACAUCUUACAAGAGACGUUCAUUUGAGUCGCUCCAGUACCCAAGUCGUCGACUUCUGCCGCUACACGCUGACGAAAGGAUUGGCCGCCAACAUCAAGAAACUGCACAUCGAAGGCCAUGCCAUAGAUGAAUCGACAGAAUGCGCUCGCGCGUUGUCAUUUCUCCUCAAACGGACCAGCAAUCUCCGAUCCUUCUUUCGUGCGACACCCCCCGACUCGACACUCGUGAAGUGGUCGCCUCCUCCCUUCAUCAAUAGAACAUCCACAGAAGAGCCUCCCGAAAUCAUCUCUGCCCCGCAUCCUCUCCUCGUGCAGACCCUUCAAUCGCACCCACCUUCGGAACAUCCGUCUCUCAGCCUAGUGCCGGCGCCACAGUUGGCCGUAUUAUCCUUGAUGGGCGCUGGCCUCUGCCGCCUACAGUCUCUAUCAUUGACGACCGAUUUCAAAGCAUCCUGGAACUUGGAAGUGGACCCAGCUCAAUCCCUCACACGACUGCUCGACAGCUUCGCAGACAGCUUGACCGAGCUCACGCUCAUCGGUACCCUCCCACCAACACUCUUCGAAGGCACCAAAGAUCCUCCCAUCCUCCUCCUCCCCCACGUUCGCGGCCUCCGACUCGAGUUUCGGUGCAAAUGGUCCUGUCCCACCGACCCCAAACUUUCUCUUCAGCGCGUAGCGACCGUAUUUCCCGGUCUACGCCACCUCUCCGCGAACUCCCCCAAGCCCCUCAACGAGCCUAACUUCUCGGACGACUGGCGAGACACACUUCCCGCCGACCUACCACUCGUCGCGCUCAAGACGAGCCAAGACUCGAUAGCGAAGUUUGCCACCGUCCAGCUCUCGCAUGUCCAUUUCUCGACGCCGACGAUUUAUUCGGGUGGCGAUAAUGAGUUUGGGAGAUCUGUGAGGCCGUUCAAGGCGCAGUUGCGCGGGAUCAUCGUCGGCUUUCAUUGUCAUAGGUCUUUCAUAUCGUUGCUGGAAUGGUUGAACGAUCUCGUUGGGCAUGCCCGGUUUUUGCACCUGUUGGUGGCGAUGGAGCUCGAGCCGUCCUGGGGCAUCAAGGAUUUGACGCAAUCUAUCGCCGACGAUAUCAAUACCUCGACUCUGGCCGACCUCAAAUACUUCGCGCUCGAUCUCAAACUGCGCUGUCCAGUCUUAGGUGCAUCCCCGGUAGACGUCGAGAACAUCCAGCGAGUUAUCGCUCAGAAGUGGCUUGGUCGAAAUUCUUCGCAUCUUAGUUCGAACACUUGCGUCUGCGUAGAGACAUCUGUCCAUACACAUCUUCGGUCUUAUGACAGGCAGUGGUGGGUAAGGAAACCUGCCGGUGUGUCCUCCUCUUCCAGGAUGGAAGUUGACGGCUUGGACGCCGGAGAAAUGAGCCUUGACGUUGACGGUGAUGGCGACGGUGAUGGUUACGGUGGCAUCAUUGAAGUGGGGAAGGAAGAGGGAUUACGGUUGAGGAGAGAGCAUAUGUGA